CUCAUUUAAACACAGUGGCAGCAUUUUGGAUGUCUACUACCGUGUACAGUCAGGUUUUGUUGUAAACAUUUGUACACAUUUCUUGUAGAAAUUUUCGUGUAAAUUCGUGCAAAAAUUGUUUUUUCAACAAAUAAACAACUAUUUAAAAACAUGCGAAAAGUAUGCAAAUAUUUCUUGUCUAGAAUUUGGUCGACGGUUUGUUAAUAUUUGGUCUUCACUCAACUCGCAUUGGUUUCCAAGAAAUUUGCUGGUUUUUUCUACUACGUAGACAAAGUGGUGCACCUUCAGUUUGUCCGCAGCAAGCACACAAAAACAACAAUAGUGCAGUAUAAAGAAGCAAACGCUGCUACAACGAAAGCAAUCGACCCAAAUAAGAAAGAACCAAUAGCAGCAUAGUCUAACCGGCGGUGUACUCAUUAAAUAUUCCAGUCAUGGAUGAAGCCAAUAUGCAGGAUAAGGAACGGUUCGCGAGUCGGGAAAAUCAUUGUGAGAUCGAAAGACGUCGCCGUAACAAAAUGACGGCCUAUAUUACUGAACUCUCGGAUAUGGUGCCAACAUGCAGUGCUCUUGCUAGAAAGCCUGACAAGUUGACCAUUCUACGCAUGGCUGUGGCACAUAUGAAGGCUCUACGUGGCACAGGAAAUACUAGCAGCGAUGGCACAUACAAGCCAUCAUUCCUUACUGACCAGGAACUGAAACAUUUGAUAUUAGAAGCAGCAGAUGGAUUUUUAUUUGUAGUCUCAUGCGAUUCCGGUCGUGUUAUUUAUGUUUCAGAUUCAGUGACUCCUGUAUUAAACUAUACGCAGAGCGAUUGGUACGGCACCAGUUUGUAUGAGCACAUUCACCCUGACGAUCGCGAAAAAAUUCGUGAACAAUUGUCGACACAAGAAUCACAAAAUGCAGGUCGAAUACUUGACCUUAAAACAGGCACAGUAAAGAAAGAAGGUCACCAAUCAUCAAUGCGGCUUAGUAUGGGUGCACGUCGUGGUUUCAUUUGCCGCAUGCGUGUAGGAAACGUAAAUCCUGAAACUAUGGUUGCGGUACAUUUAAAUCGUUUGAAGCAAAGGAAUUCAUUGGGACCGUCACGCGAUGGCACUAAUUAUGCAGUAGUGCAUUGCACUGGAUAUAUUAAAAAUUGGCCACCAACUGAUAUGUUCCCUGGCGUACAUAUGGAACGGCCCGUAGACGAUGAUAUGCACUCAUCACAUUGCUGUCUUGUGGCUAUUGGACGACUGCAAGUUACCUCAACAGCCUCUAAUGACAUGACCAACUCGAAUAAUCAAUCUGAGUUCAUCACGCGCCAUGCAAUGGACGGCAAAUUCACGUUUGUCGAUCAGCGCGUCAUGAAUGUGCUUGGUUAUACGCCAACUGAUUUACUCGGAAAGAUCUGCUAUGAUUUUUGCCAUGCAGAAGAUCAGAUGAACGUUAAGGACAGCUUUGAUCAAGUAUUAAAGCAGAAGGGAAAUUUCUCUCUAAUGUAUCGUGCACGCGCCAAAAGUGGUGAAUACGUUUGGAUACGUACACAUGCGAAUGCAUUUCUAAACCCCUAUACCGAAGAAGUCGAAUACAUUGUAUGCACCAAUAGCUCGGCAAAGACACUUCACUCUAGUGUUGCACACGACUCCAACACUCCAGAUCAGUCGAAUGCCGAACACGUUUACGUAGCGCCGGGCGUUGAUUACACAUUGCAGGCACGUCGAGAUGUCACUUCAUCCGCUACUACUGCUGACGGCAUGUACACUGCACACGGCAUGAUCGGUUCGCACAUACCGCCACAAGCUGCACUCACAGCCCAAGCUAACAACGUAGCUCGACCUGGUUCUGCACACAAUCCUGUAACUUAUAAUUAUGAUGCAACACAUUCGCCUUUGGGUGGUUAUCCACCAACUGCGGGGGGUCCUUCGCCGAACACUGCACAUAUGGCAAAAAUUCCGAAAGCCAACAGUUCACCAACACCCGCUGCAGCGACCUGGACAAACCUACGUCAACAACAGGCCGUAUCCGAGGGCUACCAAUACAAUCAAACCAGUCCAGCACGCUCCCCCAGUGGUCCCACUUACACACAACUGAGUGCUGGUAAUGCACGGCAGGCAACCUACCACACCGGCAGCAGCGCGCAAGCGGCGCCACCACCACCCACUAAUGCGGCCGGCAUGUGGGGCGAGUGGCAAAAUCCCGCUCAAGCUCAACAUCCACAUGCAGCUCAUGUCGCUGCUCACGCCAAUCACGGACCUCAUGCCGUCCACGGAGCACAUGUGCAAGCUGGUCAGCCACAGGGUCAAGAGUUCUCCGAUAUGCUACAAAUGCUGGAUCAAAGUGGCACAACUACUUUCGAGGACUUAAAUAUCAAUAUGUUUAAUACGCAAUUUGAAUAGGUAGUAAGGAUGGUAGUAAGAGCCCUAUUCAAAGAAACAAAACUUCAGCACGUCGCAAACAAAGCUAUGCAUAAGGCUUCUCGAGGCAAUAUGUCGUAUGAAAAAGAUAAGUUAAAAGUAUUAAUAUAAGCAAUGCAAUUACUUUAGUUUUAAAUGAAUUUGAAAAAUAAAAUUACUAGCUCUGAUCCAGUACUCCAUGAAUUUACAGGUUUUUACACGAACUUGUGGAGUUGAGUAGAGAAUGAAGUUGCAAGAUUUUACCCGAAAUUUUUCUACUGGUAAAAUCAUGCAAAGUUUCAAGCGAUCACUGGUUGACGUUUUUACAGGAAAAAUGCUUUUUUUUGUUCCCGUACUUUUUGUUGUUACACACUUUUUACUCUCAGUUCAGAGAGUAAUUUUCCUGUUUGACAUUUUUAGACGAUUUUGCACGAAAAGUAUUGGGUUAGAGCUACUAAUGGCACAAUAUAACGUACAUUAUGUAUGUAUGUAUAAGAGAUAAUAGUAUUACGUACAAUUUCACAAGAAAACAUGCUUUAAACGGUGAUGUAAGGGCAAUUCCGAAAAUGGAAAAUUUCAGUGAGUUCGAAGGGUGCUCAUACAUUAAAACACGUCAUAAAACGGUGAUCGUACUUAGCAGCACAAUGUUUUUUUUUCUUGUGGGUUUGGCACGUUUAAAGGAAAACCCUGAGAUCGUCACGUUCUCAUCUCGAUUUUCAGCUUUUACAUCUUUUAUUUUGUUAACUCAAGCUUUGUUUAAGGUCACAAUGAAGAAACGCCAACAGCGUAAUGAGGCAAUGACUUAUUACUGUUCUAAACUCCAUUUAAUUGUUUCUUUUUUUUAUGUAUGUACGUAUGUAGAUCGACAAUGAGCUAAGUAUGUAUCUUGGCAGAAAUCUACAAAUAAAAAUACAUAACUAACAAA